AUGUCAAAGGGUAUGGGAGGCCGGCCGCCAGCACGUGACCGUGAUGCCCCAGCCUUGGGGCACCAAUGCCACGAAGCUGAGGUGAAGGUAGAAAGACUCCCUCUUCAACUCACUGCUGCCGCUGCCACGCCAUUGUACGAGAUGAGCGCAAAGGCUCUGGAGACGCACGAGCUCUCUCUCCUCUCCGCCGCUAUCAGAGAUGUAGGCUAUCAGUGUUCUUCGCAGCCUCAGGAUCACGCGACUGGGAAGCUUGAUUGUGCGACAAUGAAGAUGUUCAGAUCGAUUCCAGUGCGGACGGUGCAGCAGGGCGUCACGGUAUUGCUGCGAUGCGCGGAGGGCCGUCAUGUUUUUCACCGCCGGUCAGAGGUGGGGCUCGCAGUCAGCGGCAAAAAGGUGGUGGAUGGCGUGAACAGUGCGUCGAAUGCUCAGCAGGCGGUUCAGUGGAAUCAGCGCCGGCGUGGGGCUGAGAGUUGGAGCAAGAGAAGGGCGCUAGUCGAGGAGCCAAGUCGUGCUGCCCAAUCCCUUUCUACACCACCACGACGGCGAGUCGAAUGUGCUUCUGAAUGCGCGCGACACGACACAGGAGCCCAAGGCAGACACGGGCGGAGAAUAAAAUGGGCAGCAGGAGAAAUGACAGAUGGCCGUGUCAGUCGUCACUCGCUGCCAGAACAAGUGACCGCGCGCGCGAGCUCUCUCAACGUGAUUCUGCUCGGCGUGCAGCCACAACUCGAUGUACACAUUUCUCCUCACGGUGCAGCACGUCUACCCUUACGACAGCCAGCUACGGCAUGGCCUACAGCAUGCGAGAGACGCAGCGCGCUCGACUCUGGUAUGUUCAUGGAGCUACCAAUGAGGACGCUGACGCUGAUCCAGCAAUUAUACAUCAAACACGAGGCACGCAACCUCGUAUUGCUAGCGGCAGCAUUUUCUCCGUGCUUGCCUAAUCCACCAUACUAUGUUGCGCUGCGCUGCGAGACUCAGCGUGCGCCGGGUUGGCAGGGCACAAAGUUGGGCCUACAUCGUCGUCAUGCAUCACCGCUAUUGCCCAACAUGAUCAACCUGUGGUCCAUCGAAGACACUCAAUCGCUAGAUAUUUCCCAGAAUUCUUCGCCGCCUAACGCCUCGCUAUCAGUAAUGCACCACAAUCGUCUCAUCUGGUCUAUGUGCUCAGAAGCAACAUCUACAGCACCAAUGCCGCCGGCUUCCCAUAAAGAUGAGGGUAUUUUCUACAUGGAACAGAACGAUACAAAUGCCAUCCGGAAGUUUUGAUAUCCCUGGCCACCGAAGAAUAGUCGUCAAGAUGCCGCAAAAGUGAGGAAACCAAAGUCAAAGCGGAGAAAUGCAGGAACGCUAUCCAAGUCGCGCCGCCGUGAUGCGUCCAAGAGAAGGCGACUUGCAAUCCAGUGCAGUCGCAUAGUGGUGUUGGACAUGAGUCCUCGAUACUUGAGGAGCAAGGUCCAUCGUGUCUUUCACGUAAAUUUCGUCGUUCGAUCCCGAGGAGAGAAACGCCAGGUCUCACAAGGCACAAAGCUCCGAGCGAAAAUCAACCAAGCGUUCGUCCGCCAACACUCACACCGCGGCCAGCGUGUUCAGGCCUCAAGGUAGACGUCCGAGAAGCCGGGCUAAAAGACCUGUUCCGCGUCUGCGGUUCUUCCAGACGCUGCUCAUUCAAGGCCGAAAGCCAAUUUGGGCCCAAUUCGUUCUUCAAUGCCUCGAUCUUCUGCCGAUACACAUCCGUAUUUGGACCUAGACCAUCCGGAGACCGCACUGGCGAGUUGUCAUCGUCAUCUGAAUCACGGAUCUUCGGAGGUGGCGUAGGUGAUGCGAACGCAGUGUCCAACCUUGGACGAACCGCGAGCGAGGUCUGAGGCAGCUGUGAAGAGGGCGCAGUGUGAUAUGGUGUGGCUUCUGGAGUGGUAGGCUGAUCACUCUCAGUAGUAGGGGUGUGCGGCAUGGGAGGUAGCUCGGUCAGUUCCGGCACUGGCGGCUCAGAGGGAAGAUCUGCUGAGUUCGAGGCGCGUUGAUCCGCCUGGGCAAGCUCGACGACUCGUCGCCGAGGUGUCUUUUUCCGUCGCACAGUGGACAGUGGGCCCAUGUCAGAAGCAGAUCGGCGGUGUCGUGAGGGCUGUGUCGGAGGCUUGGGAACAGGCUCCAGUCCAGCGUCCGCUACCUCUCGAACAAGACGAGCCUCCUCUUCUUCGGGUGGCGGCUUUACAACAGGCUUAUUGGAUGGCUCUGGAACACGGUCUACAAGAUGUUUCUUCUCGUGGUAGAGAGGCCCCAUAGUAUCAAUGGUAGGGUCUUGGACGUGUCCGGGCGAUGAUCGAAAAAGAUUGAAAACAACGACCCGAUAAUUGCUGUGAGUUCGUGUGAAGGGGUUCUUGACCACGUAUAGAUCGGUAAUGUCCGGAAUGCCGGUCAAACGUGCCAGCUCGGUCGGAUC